GCCACCGAAACUCUAAAUUUGUUUUUUUGUACGGUUAGAGCUUUUGUGAAGAAGAAGAUCCUUUGUGGUUGCUGCUGUACGUGUUUCAAGAGGUCGAUCACGUGAAAGGUGAGGUCGACCUAUUUUAGCUAUCGCUAUCAUCUUGUCUAAUUCGUAAUUUGCAAUGUUUAAUUUGAUGUUUUGUUGCGUGCAAAAGACAAUUCGGUCGACCUGAUUUCAAUCAGGUCGGCCUGUGUUUGACAAUUGCAAGAAAUAGAAUUUAGGGCACAACACUCGGACUUCUGUACUUGCGAGGUAAGGAAGAUCAAACCCAAUAGGUUGAUGAUAGACUGAUAAUUGCACAUGUUUUUACCCCUAUUCUUGAGCCGUUUGAGAUGUUGAUUCUCGUGUUUUAAGCCGAUUUCACCCGAGGUUGUACGUUUAUGUCAUAUUUCAGGACCCGACGUUGGAAUCGAGGCGAAGGAACGAGAUUCGGAUCGAAAGGAGCAAGUGAGGCUUGAAGUGUGCUAGAGAGCAACAAUACCCGGCCAUGAGCAGAAAUACCCGACCAGGUAUUAUCUGGCCAUGAACGGGGAUUUUUGGCUUUGGGCGUCCGUGAGAAACAGAAGGGGGCCCGGGCAGGAGGCAAAAAACCCCGGUCGGGGAUUCUUGGGCCAGACCGGGGAUUUUCCCCUGACAUUAAACGCACGUUUCAAUUAUACCCGGUCGAGACCCAAAAUACCCGACCGGGUAUUUCGACCGGGUAUCACGACAGGCAACUUUUUAAGGGAAAAGAAGGCUAAGAAUCAAGGGUUCCGAGUCUUUGAGAGACAGAGCGAUUCCUAGAGAGAGAAAGCGACGAACCAGAGUUACCAAGUGCCAUAGCUUGAUCUUCAUCACCAUUGGAGCCCGACUUGAGUUUGGAGAAGUGCCGAUGGACAACUAGGAGCAGAAACUCAUCCUUCAAAGUAUGAUUUCCGCAUCUGAAUUUGCUUUUGCUUCUCUCUCCAUGGAGUAGUUUUCCCAUUCAUCUGGGUAUGGAGAACCCUAGAUUUGUAUGUUAGGUCUGAUUGUAUGAACCCAAGUACAGAUUUCAUGAGUUGAUUAUAUUCGAUUGAGGCUUGAAUGAUUGAAUGACUUGAAUCCUGAUCAAAUUCCUGUUGUUUCUGCUUUAACCUAGAAUGAGAAUAUCUGCCUAGGUUGAUAGAGCACCCUUAAUUGAAGGUGGCGAAUUGGUGACUUUAGUCGAGGAGCCAAUUCGCUAUUCUGUACCGAAUUCAAUUUAGUAAAGGAGGUUUGGUUCGUUAGGGCCUCAAUCUGUUUACUCCGGUGGAGGUUAGUCGCCCGCUGGAGACUCAGAUUGAGAGGGUCUGGAGACCUUUAGUCGAGACUUCAGACUGUUUAAGAACCUUCCGCAGUAUAACUUUCAUGGAAACUGAACUUGGUAAAUUGCAAUCCGGCUUAACUGCAGUCUAGGGGGAACCAUAUCCGGGUGACCUCUCUCGACUUGAAAACAACCGUUUAACUUGCUUUGUUUGUUUGUUAAUUUGGACUUGCACUAAAGUUUCACUGCUAGAUAACAAGAAUUCACCGAGUAGUCAUCAAAUCUAGGACCCGGGUUGACAUUAAAACCCAAACCCGCUAUACUACGCUUUAGGAAGUGGUUACACUUGGCCAAUUUCUAGAGUGACAGUAGGAGUGAGUCAGUUGACCUAAUUCUUAUCAUGGUCAACCGUUUUUGUUUGUUUUUCUUGUUUAUCCAGAAUGUCGACUUUGGCUUUGUUUGUAAGACUAAGUUGUGCUUAAAAGCUCGGUCGAUCAAUGUAUCUAGUCGACCUAUCAAUUGUUCGUGGUAGUAUUACACAUGUUUUUAUUGGUAUGUUGAUAUUAUUCUAUUGGAUAGGUCGACCUAGGAAGAGCAAAGGUCGAUCUAAUUGAUUAUGGUAGUGACAACUUACGUCUUUAAGGUCGACCUAUUAAUAUUUCAGGUCGACCACUUCUCUGUUGUUGGUCAUUUGUACAAAAUUAAAGUGACCACCUUAGGGGAUUCGGUCAAACGUAGUUAGGAAUAGGUCGACCGAAUUGUGCAAGUUAUGAUGACUUGCAAGACACCAUAGGCCCACCCUCACUCUUAAUACGGUUUAAAACAUCUUCUCCUAAAACAACUAUUAAUCUAUAAGAAAUAGUAUAAUAUAAUCUAAAGUAUUAUUCUUGGACUCCAUAACUGGGUAAAUUCUCCAAAUAUUGUUUUUUAAAAUUUACCAUAGAUAUAGCAGUUUUAAAAAUAUUGACAGGGAUAUUGUAUUUUGGAGGGGAGAAAGAGCGAGUUCGCCUUACACUCAGGAGGAUCCGCUUUUUGAGCUAUUUAAUUUGGAAUGAGUGAACCCGCGUGAGACUCCAUGCGGACCUGCUUGAGAAUAGUGCGGACGCAUCCCCUCCUUUUAUUUCCUCGUCCCCUUAUCCUCUUCUUCUCCCUCUCCCAAAAACUGCACACAUCUCUCCUUCCUCCUUCCAGCAGCGGACUCGCCCGAUUCGCAAGCGCCCAUGCCAAAGACAUAGCUGCUUCGCCUCCGUCUCAAGAGGACCCAUCGAAGACCAGCCACUCUUCGCCUCAGUCCCAGGUAGACCCGACCAGAGUUCUUCUUCCCUCGCGCAGACCAGGUCUGUGGUUUAUGCUGAAGAUGUCUGAAUCCGAUGAGUGAACGAUUUUCGAUAGAUGAAGGUGGAGAGGGAGGCGAGCCAGUAUAGAGGUGAGGACUCUGCCGUCGAGGAGAUUUAUUUAUUAUAUUUUUAUUAAUUUUUUUUCCAGUUUCUAGGCUUAUGGACAGUUAUUACAUGAGACCACCACCUACGACAAUUGAUCCAACUUCGGUCGAUUUGGUACUUCUUUGGGCACAUGGUCAACAUCAUACCGACUCAGUUUGGGCAAACGAGGUAAGUCUUUCAAAACAACUACUUCUUUAAAGUUCAUUAGCUAGUUAGAUUAGAUGUUUAGAUUUUUACUAGGUGAACUAAAUUGACAUUAGAAUAUAAUUACGUAUGAUUUUUUUUAAUUAAUAUAAGUUUAGAUUAGAU